CGCACGUCGGGCUGCUUGCUAGGCUGCGGCGGUCGCGGCGCCCGAGCGAGUCGCCUACUGACGCGCGGACGCGGUGCUGACGGACGCCGGAGCGGACCCGCGGCGGGACCAGAGGCGUGAGAGCAGCCGCCAUGUCAGCGGAGCUGGAGGCCUCAGAGGGGUUGGAUGAGCCGGAGAGAAGGAUCUCCGGGCCCCCAGAGGAGGAGAACCACACCAGCAUGGCAGACCUUUCCGAGCUCCUGAAGGAAGGGACCAAGGAAUCACAUGACCGGGCGGAAAACACCCAGUUUGUCAAGGACUUCUUGAAAGGCAACAUCAGGAAGGAGCUAUUUAAGCUGGCCACCACCGCGCUGUACUUCACGUACUCGGCCUUGGAGGAGGAGAUCGACCGGAACAAGGACCACCCAGCCUUUGCCCCCUUGUACUUCCCCAUGGAGCUACACCGGAAGAAGGCGCUGAUCAGGGACAUGGAGUAUCUCUAUGGCGAGCACUGGGAGGAGCAGGCGCAGUGCUCCGAGGCCACCCGGAAGUACGUGGAGCGGAUCCACGAGGUGGGGCAGAAUGAACCAGAGCUGCUGGUGGCCCACGCCUACACCCGCUACAUGGGGGACCUCUCGGGGGGCCAGGUGCUGAAGAAGGUGGCCCAGCGGGCCCUGAAACUCCCCAGUACGGGGGAAGGGACCCAGUUCUACCUGUUUGAGAAUGUGGACAACGCACAGCAGUUCAAGCAGUUGUACCGGGCCAGGAUGAACGCCCUCGACCUGAACCUAGAGACCAAAGAGAAGAUCGUGGAGGAGGCCAACAAGGCCUUCGAGUUCAACAUGCAGGUAUUCAAUGAACUGGACCAGGCUGGCUCCUUGUUAGCCAAAGAGACCCUGGAGGACGGGCUCCCUGCGCACGACCGGCUUCCUGCGCACAGCAGACUGCCCACACAGGACGGGCUUCCUGUGCACGACGGGAAGGGAGACUUGCGGAAGUGCCCAUACUACGCUGCUCAGCUAGACAAAGGUGCCCUGGAAGGCAGCAGCUGCCCCUUCGGAGCAGCCCUGGCCGUGCUGCGAAGGCCCGGCCUCCAGUUCCUGCUGGCUGCCAGCGUGGCCCUGGCUGCCGGCCUCCUGGCCUGGUACUCCAUGUGAAGGACCCACCGUUCCACGCUGCACCGCCUCCUGUCCACCGGCCCGCCCCGCCUCCACCCACGACCAAACUGCCACCUCAGGUGACUUUUCUAAUGCUGGCCUUGAGAAAACAAGCAACCAAUAAAAGCCAGAGACUGAAGCCUUUGCCUGUCAGCAUCCUGCCUGCGGGCCAAAUGCUGAGCUGGGUGCAGGCCCACCCCCCCGAGCCCCCCGGCCCUGGCAGCAGGAGCAGUUGCAGGCUGGCCUAGGCCUCUGAGACCAGCGCUGCUACCAGGGCCCCUGCACCUCUGACCCAAGGCUCGCUCGCUCCCCUUUUCCUUGAUGCAUCCGCACCUAGGUGGGUGUCUUUUCUGUGCUGGGAGUAGAUCACCAGCAAGUUCAGGCCCCGGAGCUGUGGGAGGGUGGGGGCCUCCCCAGAUGGGGCUGCUCCUUUUCUGGACUUCUGGGGGCAGGAGCCAGAAGUUGGGCUUUUGCCUCGCCUCAGGGGUCCCGGAGCUCUGUCCUGGGCAGCCAGUCCUCACACCUCAAGCAGACACCCAAGUCAGGGUCAGUUUGGCCAUGGCCUGUCUCCUCUGACCUGUGAAAAUGCUUCUGCACUCAAUAAAGUGGAUUCUGCUAGUCGCCUC